AUUAAUUAAGUUACAGACCGACAUUUGUAAUGCUCCCCGCAUUCUUGUUGCUCUAUUCCCCGGACUCGAAGAGGUCACCAGGGCCUAAACUACGGCAGACAAGGAUGGAUCUCAAGGGUCCGGGGUAUGAACUCUUCUCGACUUACACCAAAAUGUCAAUGCCAAUGCCAAUGCCAAUGCCGUCUUUGAUCAAACUACGGCAUCGUUUCCCCACCAUCUAUUCUGUCGUUCCUCCGGGACCACCAUCUUUUUUUCUACUUCUCCACCAACCACAGCGAACACACUAUCAGAAAAACCAUUCAGCUGAUCGUCGAUCCCAACCCCUCUCCCUCCACGUGGAUUAACAGGGACGAGCGUUUUCUGCCUCGGUCUCGUGGAGCCAGACAAGAUGAAAAACUUGGAAGACAUUGACUUGUAUUCCUCUGGCAGCUGAUUUCCCCACGGGGAAGCGGGGACUGGACUCGGCGCUGGAACUUCUUUUGGGCUGAUACUUCUGUAAAUACGGCGAUGGCUUCCUCUUCUGGGAGCAUGUCUUUGAGGAAAAGAUGCAAGUUCACCGUCGACGUCGAACCGGGGUUGAGAAAGAGGGAGAACUCAAUAUAUUGUGGGAAUAUGUCAAAGCGGGAUGGGGACGACCGCGGUGUUUGCUUGAGAAGUUCAAAUUGAGCUCAUUUCCCAGGUGAAAACACGAUCAGCAAUUCAAAUGAGACAACGGGAUUCAGUAUCUGUUGACUCGUUGCUUUGACCCUUG